AUGACUUACACUUCUAAUGACACAUAUUUUUGGCAAUGCCCUGAAUGUAAGCCUAAACGAGGUAAUGCUGAUAAUACUCCAGUAUGUUCAGGAAACUCAACAUCAAAAUUACCAGAUGAAGACAACAUCACCCGCCGCAAAAAAGAAUCUAUGAAAUUCAUGAACGAACAGUAUGAGGAUAUAAAAUCGGAGAUAAGAACCAAAUUUAAGGCAUUCGAAAUUUUAAAUAAGGAAAAUGAGCAACUAAAAGUGACUAUUCAAGAUCUGGAUAUGCGUCUCAAUGUCAUGGAACAACAGUCUAGAGCAUGCAAUAUUGAACUACAAUGUUUGCCAGAACACAAGAACGAGAACCUGAUAAAUACAAUAAUGCAGUUAAGCAGAGUUAUAUCAUGCAACAUAACUGAAGAUAAUAUUCAUAAUGUUACGCGCAUCGCGAAACAAAAUCCCAAUAGCUCACGGCCAAAGUCCAUCAUCGUACAAUUUAAUAGUCCAAGAACUCGCGACACGUUCCUAGCGGCAUCUAUAAAAUACAACAAAAAUAACCCAGAUGACAAACUCAACAGUAAACUUUUGGGUAUUGGAGGUCUGAAGCAGAACAUUUAUGUUGUUGAACAUCUGUCACCAAAGAAUAAGAUGCUUCAUGCUGCAGCUAAGCAGAAAGCAAAACUGAAAGGGUAUCGUUACGUCUGGGUCCGUAAUGGAAGAAUUUUCAUGAGAAAAUCUGAUAACUGUGAAUACAAGCACAUUAAAGAUAUGGCUUCUUUAGAUAAAAUUGAUUAA